AUGUUCGGUUUAAAACGUCUGCGAGAUGACCUGGAGCAGGACGGGAUCUUCAGCCCCGAAGCCAAGAAAAUCUGCUCCCAGGUCGCGCCCGAGUCCUCCGACCUCGACCAGACCCUUCGAUUCCGUGCCCCCACACUGACCCCUGUGGACUCCUCCGACGAUGAAGACCACCAGGAUGCUAGCCAUGGAGCUCAUAAGACCAGCCCGACCAAACCCGUCCUCGGCCAUCGACCCCCCGCACUCCAGCUCAAUCCCGCAAACUCUAUCGCUACUUCACAGCGAUCUAUCUUGGCCAAUGGGGACGAGCUGUCCCCCUGGAUCUCGAGUGGGCGCAGUAGCAACAGCCUUCAGCCUUCGCCGAUCCCCCAUAACCUGGUCAAUCAGUCGCUGAACCUAACCGGGCCAGCAUCAGCUGCACCCGCUCAAGACUACUUCCCCAGCGAUAUCUUGCCUGUCAUCCAUGCGCCCAACCCUGGGCCUCCGAAUGUGAUGGAGGGUGUAGCACCCUCCAAGGUGGACCCACACACAGCUACGGUCCGACUUCCUAGCCCCGUCAGUGACGAUGACACCAUGGCCAACGGCAAGACCCCUCCCAGCGAUGCAGAGAUGAUGUAUUUCUCGCCUCAUCCAUCAUCCCCGCCGAGUUUCUCGGGCUGCCCGAAUGUGACGGCAUGGACUGCCCCUUCGAUGAUUCCAGAACCCCAGUCGACUCGACCUUGCGCAGGCCCUCUUCAACGGGCUAUUCCAUCAAUGCCAAGAAAGAAGCCAGCCCUUGUCAUGGGAUAUCGGGCAGAUUGCGACAAAUGCCGGCACAAGGUGCCCGGCCAUUACAGCCAUAUUAUCCGUUGA